CUAAGAUUCUUUCAGAUCUACAGUGAAAAGUUUCAAGGCUGCGAACCGACUUAGCAUCUUCUUAUUAAUCGUCAAGCUCAGAAAGUAGCCGUCAGAUAUUCUUCGAUUAGUCAAUUUUUCAUAAAGAAUCUUAAUUAACAGAGACUUCACUGUGAUCCAUCGCAAAACUACGAUAACAGUAACUUAGGCACUGAUGCAUUUGCCUAGCUUGGUUUGGAAAUUUUGCAAUCUUGACUUGUAGAAGAAAUCAUGGGUUGUGCGAUUGAGACCAUUGAGUCAGAGGAGAUGGACAUUGUCCUCUCUUCUAUGUGGCCGGAGGAUAUGAAUGAAGCCGGGAGGCAGUUCAAUGUUGAGAGGCCAGGAAUGGAUAAAGACAUGUUGGAGGAGGUCACCAUCAAGAGGGAGCCUGACAUAGUUGAUUUCAAGCGCCUCAUUGAGCUUGCCAACUUCACCGACAAGGGGAACUGGCAGCUGGCUAGCUUGGUGAGGAAUUGGGAAUACAAGCAGGAGAACGCUGUGCGCCUCCUUAGGGAGGAGCUUGAUACCCUCAGCAAGCAGCAGCGAGAAGUUGAGCUCAAGAAGUUAGAGAUACUGGAGGAACAUCGGUUUGAAAGAGAUGGAUAUGGUGGCAACAAGCGUCCCAUCUCCAUUCUUGAUGAGAAUCUCAAGUACUUGUAUCAAGAUGCUCCGAGGAGGAAGCGUGAUUCUGUCUUCCAAGAUGAGAAAAUAAGCGUAGAUGCUGAAUAUGACAGCGUGGUUUACUGGAAGCAACGGGCCCUGAAUCUGGAGAAACUCCUAGAGGCUAGUCUUAGACGAGAGCAAGUGUUGAUAGGGAAGUUGCAGGAGAGUAUUGAGAAUUUGGAAAAGCAGUCUACCCCUGUGGAGGAACUGUCGCAGGUUUUGAAUAGAGCAGAUAAUUUCUUGCAUUUCGUCUUGCAGAAUGCUCCAGUUGUCAUAGGCCAUCAGGAUAAAGAACUGCGCUACCGGUUCAUCUUUAACCAUUUCCCAAGUUUGCGCGAGGAGGAUAUCAUAGGCAAAACAGAUGUUGAGAUCUUCACCGGCUCUGGUGUAAAGGAAUCUCAAGACUUCAAACAAGAAGUCCUGGAGAAAGGAUUACCUGCAAAGAGAGAAAUCACAUUUGAAACAGAGCUAUUUGGAUCAAAAACCUUCUUAAUCUACGUUGAACCUGUUUUCAGCAAGGCUGGAGAGACAAUCGGUGUAAAUUAUAUGGGAAUGGAAGUGACUGAUCAGGUGCGGAAAAGAGAAAAGAUGGCAAAGAUUAGAGAAGAGAUGGCUGUACAAAAAGCUAAGGAGACAGAGCUCACCAAGACGAUCCAUAUCACAGAGGAAUCAAUGCGUGCGAAAGAAAUGUUGGCUACCAUGUCUCACGAGAUAAGAUCUCCUCUAUCCGGAGUCGUAAGCAUGGCUGAGAUUCUUUCCAACACUAAGCUCGACAAAGAGCAGCGACAGCAGGUGAACGUGAUGAUAUCUUCGGGCGAUUUGGUUCUCCGAAUAAUCAAUGAUAUCCUUGAUCUUUCUAAGGUUGAGUCAGGAGUUAUGAAACUGGAAGCUGCAAAAUUUAGACCAAGAGAGGUAGUAAAACAUGUGCUGCAGACGGCAGCUGCAUCACUACAGAAAUUACUAACCUUAGAAGGAAAUAUAGCAGAUGAUGUUCCUGUGGAGGUGAUCGGAGAUGUUCUAAGGAUUCGCCAGAUUCUAACAAACUUAGUCAGCAAUGCCAUCAAGUUUACGCACAAGGGAAAGGUUGGGAUAAAGCUUUAUGUAGUGCCAGAGCCGCGCAAUUUAAGCAAACAAAAGUCUUGGAAAGCUUCUGCAGAUCAGUCCACUGAUUCACCAAACACAAGAAAGGACUCAUCUAUGAGUCAAAGCACAGGUGACCAGAGAGGCAGUCAUGGAUGCUGCAAGGGAGAAGGUAUUGAUGAUAACAAUGAACUUAAAAACAAGCUGAACGAUCAAGAGAGAGCUGGGACUCCAAUGGAAGAAGACGAAGCCAGCCAUUCUAAUACUCAAGAAUCAGUAGUGUGGAUUCGCUGUGAUGUUUAUGACACGGGGAUUGGAAUACCAGAACACGCGAUUCCCACUCUGUUCAAGAAGUAUACGCAAGCAGGUGCAGAUACUGCUAGAAAGUAUGGUGGGACAGGAUUAGGACUUGCAAUUUGUAAACAACUGGUUGAGCUCAUGGGUGGUCAACUUACUGUAUCAAGCAUAGAAAACAAAGGGUCUACUUUCACGUUUAUACUACCCUAUAAAGUUUCAUCGAUCUCUGAAAGUUCAGACGAUCCUGAUGAGCUGUCGGAUAUGGAUAGCCAAGAUGUCUCAGAUGAUGAAGAUUUACAUGCAGGAGUGUUUCAGUUUCAACCACGCACUUUAGGUUUACUUUCUUCUCAAGGUUCCGGAAGGAUCCAAAAGCUCUCACCACUCACCUAUGGCUUUGAUCCCUCGCAUAGUUUCAAUGGUUUGUUGGAGGAUUCUUCAUCACCCUCUAGCAGCAUCACAUAUAAAGAGAUCAGUUCAGAGGAAGAUGCGCAUUCAGCUUCCAUGGAUACAUCAUCUGAAGUUGAAGUUUCACCAAGCCUGAGCUUGUGUUCGGCUAACUUAGAUUCAGCUAAAAGUAAUGAACAGGCACACUGCUCGAGUGAAAUUUCUGAGCCUAGUGUUUCCAAAGAAAGAUGUCGAACUCAGGCUCGAACAGACAGAAGUUUUGAGUGCGCUUCCGGGAAGGGCAAUGAAGCUCCAACAGCUGAGGUGAAACCGAAGAUUCUUCUCGUGGAAGAUAACAAGAUCAACGUGAUUGUCACCAAGUCAAUGAUGAAGCAGUUGGGCCACGACAUAGAUGUUGUUAAUAACGGAGCAGAAGCUGUGCGUGCGGUUCAAUGCAACGAUUACGAUUUCAUUCUAAUGGAUGUAUGCAUGCCGGUAAUGGAUGGACUUCAAGCUACAAGAUUGAUACGAUCCUUUGAGGAAACAGGUAGUUGGGACGAUGCAGUGAAGGCAGGAGUCGAGAUGCAGUUGGCACCUCAACGUUCUUCACCAAAUUUGCUUCCACGAAAAAGGACACCGAUCAUUGCAAUGACAGCAAAUGCAUUGUCAGAGAGUGCUGAAGAUUGUUAUGCUAAUGGUAUGGAUUCCUUUGUAUCAAAGCCAGUGAAUUUCCAGAACUUAAAACAAUGUUUGCAGAAAUAUGUGUCACAGUAGUAAUAAUAGUAGUUGUAAAUGGUAAGCGUCUUGUAUAGAAAGGAAAUGAGUUAGGGAAGUUUUGUCAUCAAUGUAUAGCAUCUGCGUUUCAUUCAAUAGAUCACCAUGUUUUUCUUAA